CAACAUCUGAAUAUAAUUUUUUCAGCUUUAUAUUUGUGUCAUUUUUUCAGCAUCAUAUUUGUGUCAUUUUUUCAGAAUCAUAAUUGCAUCAUUUUUAAGAACAUUAACAAGAAUUUUAAUGAUACUUAUGCGUCACAUUUUUUAGCCAAUGCAUAUUGAGAGGUAUCAAAGAAAACCUGUUACAAAUUUAAUUAGAGAAAUUUUACGCUCAAUUCUGCUGAUAUUAUUUUUAGCUAUAUUUGUUAACCCGUUGAGUUUUCAAUCUAACGUUGCAACUAGCGUUGCUACUGGUUUAAUAAAUCAUAUAAACCGAUCUGAAAGUGAUAACAACAAAGGUGCAACGCUAAAAACUUUAAUUAUUGGAAAUGAGUCACUAAAUAUAUUAUUCCUCUAUACAAAUAAUUCGUUUAAUAAAUAUAAAACAGAUGGAAAAGAAUCGUGCAGCUUUCGCAUUAAGUUAACCAAAAAAUGCGAGUUGUUGGUGAAAAUAUUUGGAUUAGAUCAAAUAUCAAAUCUAAUUUCUCUUUACAAUCCUUUUUCUACCCAAUGGAAAAAAAAAGAAUAUAAUUAUCAAAACCGACAAGAUAAUUGGUUCACAACGCGAGUGUUUUGUUCAAAUAAAACAUUUGUUAUUGUGCAUAACUUCACGUUAUCUCACUGUAAUGGGUCCAAUGUCAAUAAAAAUGUGAUUUUAGUUGCAAAUGGUAAUGAAAGUAAUGUUUAUUACAAGCUUCAUAAAAAAAAACUUGUCCUCGGAGUAAGCGAAGAUAAGAAGUUUUAUAUUUUGCCGAUGGUAUUAAUAUGUAUCACAAUUGUGGUUUUUGUAGUGUUUUUAUCUAUUGGUGUCAUCAUUAGAUCUUCUCGACAACGUCGUCAUCGAUUGCAGCAAACAGAAGAAGCUGUAUUUGAUUUUAGAUAUAACAAAACGAAUCAAAAAGAAUGCAGCGUUUCAAGGAUUGUUACAACUUUAGAAAAAAUAACAAACCCAUUUUUGGUUUGUGCAAAGGUUUGCUUGAAACAUCUGAACAUUGAUGUAUCUACAGAAAAUGAUAACGAGGAUUUUGUGAUCCCAAAAUGCCUUUCCAAGGAGACACGAAAAAUAAGCUAUUAUGGAACAAUACAUAUGAAUCUUUCACAAAAAAAGCAGCCUAUUAUGGCUGAUUUUUGCGAAGAAACGGAAUCUGAUCAAUCAAUAAAAACUACUCAAGUUGUUAAGCCAAAGUUAAACUUUCAUAAUCGUCAGCUGUCAUUAAGCGUGUAAUCUCUAAGUGCUUCAUAUUAAAUACUUCUUUUUAAAGACUAUUAUAUUUACAAGUUUCGAUACAAUUUUUCUCUUAAAUAUAAAAAAACUUAGCAUAUUUAUUUUAAGAUAUCUUGUACAGUCAUUGACGGACGAAAGAUAUGUGCGUUGUCAUA